GAACUUUUUUCCGCACACGCUGCCCUUUAUCCUCGAGAAAGCAGGUGAGCUUCCGGAUCAUUUUACAGACAAGCCGGAGCUCAAGAAACUGGUGCAGGGAAGUGCGGACUACCUGGCAAUGCCCCGUGGCCUGGUGCUGAGUAUCAUGGCGCAGAUGUUCCUCUGCCUCAUACCGGAUGGGGACCGGGACAUGCCCUCAUGCAGCUUCUUGAACCUCCUGUUCCCGCGACAGCCUUUCCGACAGGAAGUUGCAAAGUUACGCAUGUUCGUCCACUACUUCGAGCGUUGCAGGCUGGAUCCCCCCAAGGGUGAGCUUCGGAUUUGGCGUCAGGUCCGUGAUGGCAAGCCAUCGACAUCAGCCUGGAAGGCUUCGAGCCAGCCGCUCCUGCCUAUGCAAGUUGCAGAUCAGGGGAUAGGGCUGGAGGACGAAAGCGGCCGUGGUUGCCUUCACGCGGACUUUGCAAACAGGUACCUGGGUGGUGGCGUCUUGGUGGGCGGCUGUGUGCAGGAGGAGAUCAGAUUCUCCAUUUGCCCAGAGCUUUGUGCCGCCAUGCUGGUCUGCCCGUACAUGCUGGACCAUGAGGCCAUCACAAUUGUCGGCGGCGAGCAAUUCUCCGGCUACAGCGGCUACGGCCGAUCCCUGGAGUACGCCGGCGACUUCCGCGAUCCCACGCCACGGGACGAGGAUGGCACAGUGCUUGUGGCCAUAACCGCCAUGGAUGCUAUCGACUUCAGGGGCAAGGCAGCUCCAUUGCGGCAGCAGCUUGAGGACAACCUUCUCCUGCGCGAGUUGGAGAAGGCGGCUGUGGCCUUUGCCCCAACAGAUAAGGCAGCCCUGGACCGCUGGCCCGUCAUCGCCACGGGCAACUGGGGCUGUGGGGCAUUUGGAGGUUGUGUGGAGCUGAAAGCCAUCCUCCAGUGGCUUGCAGCAUCCGAAGGCUCAAGGAGGCUGCUGUACUUCCCCUACGAUGUUCCGCUGGGCCCACAACUGGACCAGCUUGCGUCGGAUCUGACAAAAAGAGGCUUCAAGGAGUAUGCAAGUGCUGGAGGGCCGGUCAUAGAUGGAGUCGCCUUCUACGACGCGGCAAAGGCCAAGGCUGCGACGACCGCCUGUGCCCAGCUCACCACCCGCUUGGAGGUGGAGUGGGUCAAUUUUCGGCAGCCUGAGGGCUCAGGGCCCGGUGCGUUAGAGCCUAGAGAGGAGUUCUUCUCUGCUCCUUUUCAGAAAACUUUAGCCCUGGUCGAUGAGCAGAAGAAGGAAGAGUUUGUGCGGGGCAUCGAAAAGAACCUUUACAAGUUCGAUCCCAAGACGCAACAGUUCCCAUUGGGCUGUCUCUGUGCACUUCUGCAGCAUGGCAAGGAUUCGCCCACAACACAGGAGAAGGUGCAGGCCUGGCUGGACUACUUGCUGGAUCGGCUCGUGGGCGCCUCGGCCUCGAUCGCACGCGCCACUGCAGCCGAGGUGGCGGAGGAGUGCUUAUCGGUGCCUUUUCAGCGGCUGAUCCCUUUGAUGAAGCCAGUAAUGCGCGAGACCCUGGCAGAUUCCCUCGGAGAGCAUGCGCUUCCUCACAUGGAAGAGGCCCAGCAGAAGCAACUCCUCGAGGGCCUCGGAGCUGAGACCAAGUCACCUGUGUUGGUGGAGCGUAUCGAAGCGAUCAUGGCCACAUGCACAGAGGAGCUCAAUCUGUGGCUGGCUCGUGCGCCGUGCUUUCCUAGCACUCCGCUGGCUCUGGCAGAUGCGCUUGCAAGAGCCGAGCACCCUCUGCUGCGCUUCUUCACCUUUGCCCGUCAGCCGGAAAAGAAGGAGGCGUUCUUGAUGGCCGUGGCGUUGUGCAUGCAAAGCCUGAAGACGCGUCUGAGGUGGAUGGGUUCAGCAGAGCCUGUUCUGGAGCGGCUGAGCCAUGACCUGCAGCAGCGGUUAUUCUACGUGAAGAACCAAGGUGCGGUCAUGGAGCGGGGCGCUGAGGGGACUGGCCCUUACACUGCAGACCCUACAGUGCUAGCUGAGGGCUCAACAAAUGCCACGCGGAGCCCGCAGCUCUUGGAGCUUUGCGAGCGGCACAGAGCACCUGUGACACCGUCACGUGGCCAAGCCUUGAACCUGAGAUCUCAGGUUACCUUCCAAGCACAGAAGAGAAAAGCGGGGUUCGGGCAGUGA